ACCUACUACCGUGGCUAGUGUCACCUUUUUAUUUUCGUUCUUAAUUCUUUUUUUUUCUCUUUGCUGCACGUACGCAUGGGCCAGUGGCUAACGUGGUGGGCUGGCGGCUGUCCAACAGCGUGUACGCACUCACGCGAGGGGGUAAAGGAGGCGAGGGAAUAUCAUUCCCGUCCACAAAUCGUCCCAGAUCCAACUCAAGCGGUGGGCGUCUCCCAGCAUCACCAACCUCCGCCACCGGUGGCUGCCUCACCGGCGUGUAGAAUGCCCCGGCGCAGCGUCCUCCUCCUCUGAAGAAGAAGAAGAUCCUCCGGGAAUGUGCGCCCCUGGCGCGACGCCGUUGGAGUGGCCAUUGGCCAGCCCAAGAUUCACCGGGCUCCAUCGCCCCGGCCGACUACCGGCGUGCUGCAGGACAGCGCGCGGCACUAUGUGCCAGUGGCGGGGCGCCAAUGGAACGGAGGAGCUGGCGGCUCCGUUGUCGAGGACGUCCCCGCGCGCAACAGCCGACGCGGGGAGGCGCAGCCCGAGGCUCGCGCUCAACGAAGAGGCGCCGGCAUCCAUGUUCAUGGCGCGCGCACCAACCAGCGAGGGCAUGUGCAUCCCCAGCCCAAAGCUUGCCGCAGAAGCCCCAGCGGCCACUGCCUCGUGCGCCGGAGUCGGCGACGGAAGGCGCGGCGAGUCCGGCUGUGCGGGCUCCGCGGGCAGCGCUGGUGGCGCGGGCUCGACCUUCUCCUGGACCUCGUAGUCCCGCGGAGGAGACGACGGCGGGGUCGGGCAUGGCCCCAGCGGUGCAUCGGGCACGGGGGCGGUGGUGAAGGAGCCGCAAGUUCCGGCUCAACGCGGACGGCGUCGACGUCGAUUGCAUCUACCCAGGGCCGGUCCAUACAUAUUCGGGGCCCUGGGGCGGGACGACAAAAUGGAGCCCUUGUGUACAAAUAAAAAUUCAGAAUAUAUUGUAUGUCCAAAGCAAUUUAGUAAAUACAAGCAUAAAUUGAUGGACUUUGAACUAAAACCGCAAGGGAGG